CCACGUCCCACCACGUCCCCACCACCAGCACCAACCCCUGCCGCAUCGAUUCUAAUCGAUACUCCGCCUAGUCCAUCGGAAUGUCUCUAAGAACCGCAAACUGAUCAGCAUUCCCACCGGGAAACUUGGAUUCACCGACAGCACGCUGCUUCCAUUAGUUUGACUUGUCAGCCCGAUUCUAAUCGAUUCCGAUCGAUAUCUGGGGAGCCGGCGAGUUCCCAAGUGAUGGUGCGAGAUGCCGCUCUCCAAUCGGCAGGGAUCUGGCUCGAUCUUGCGCUCGGGAAUGCUGCUCUGAAGUUUGCGGGCGCGCUGGCAGUUCGGCCAUGGGAGGCAGGCAGAGCAAAGGGAGGCAGUUUGUAGAGGAGGCGGAGGGUGUCCCUCAGAGCUGCAGGAAGAAACCCCCAGGUCGGGACAGAGGAGACUUCCUCCGGGGCUUGGUGCUGAAGUCCGGGGAGAAGUGCACCAGGAGCCCGGGGGCUCCCCCCUACCAGAGGCGGAUUGCUAUGAUUCAGGACAUGGCGGCCCUGGCCAAGCAAGGCCGGCAGGAGGAGGCCUCGAACCUACUGAGGACCUUGCGGCAGGAUUUAGGAAUGGAGUCGACUUCACUGGAUGACGUCCUCUGCAGAUAUGCAAGUUUCCGCAACCUCGUGGAUCCUAUCACUCAUGACUUGAUCAUCAGCCUCGCUCGAUAUAUCCACUGCCCCAAACCGGAAGGAGACUCAGUUGGAGCCAUGGAGAAGGUUUGCAGGCAGCUCACCUACCACCUGAGCCCACACUCGCAGUGGAGACCUCAGGGCGUCAUGAAACGGAAGCCCCAAGCCUGUCUGAAAGCUAUCUUGUCUGGGACCCCGACAAACGAGACCAUGGACUUAUCUGGAAUUACCCUAACACCCAGGGAUAUUGACCGAGCGGCUGUGUACUUACAGCAGAAUCUGGAGCUGAUCAGCAAUGUGGAGCUAUGCUUCACUGAAUUGACUGAUGAAGGUUUCCUCCAACUACUGCCUACCCUCAGUUCACUCCCGAAUCUCAACACCCUGUCCCUGAAUGGGAACAAGCUGACCAGGAGCAUACUGAGGGAGCUAACAGAAACACUGAAGGACCUGGAGAAGUUCCCAACUAUCACCUGGAUCGACCUGGGUAACAAUGUUGAUAUCUACUCACUGCCUCAACCCUUUCUGGUCAAUCUGCGGAGGCGAAGCCCCAAGCAUGGCAAUCUACCUACCAUCUUGGAGUUUGGGGAGAGUCAAGGCAGUGAUCUCGAGAGCUCUGACACUGAGCUGUGUGAGAGCCCGGGCAACAGAAUGGGGUCACCACAAGGGCUGACACCGCAGGCCAGUACAGGCAGGAGCUGUGCAGAGGCUGUCCAAGCUGAAAAUGACUCACCGGCCAAUCAAACCUGACAUACAUGUGCUGUAGACAUGGGGCAGUUUCAUUGGCCAGGCGGGCAGCACACAUCAUUUGGGACAUUUGUCAGGCCCAGAACUGGCAGAUUCGGAGCAAAGUGACAGAGGGGAGACAGGGAGGAUGGGAUUUGAGUUCAAGGUGAAGCCAACACGCUGGAAAAAUCUGCCACUCAGAGAUCAAUGCAGGACCUGUGUUCAGUUAGUUACUGCUUUUCUAUUAGAGAUCUGCAUAUUUCUGUUUUAUUUUUUUAAAUACUUGCCUUCCUUUCAGGUCAGUGUCUGUAAUCAAUAGUAACUUAGAGACACCAUGAACUGUCAGUGGAACUAAAUCUACCAGCAGGGCCAUGGUUGGUGGCUAGCAGGUGAAUGUGUGUGUUUCACUGACUCUGCCAUUGGAUGCUUUUCAACCUGAUCCUGACCAUGGUGAGUGUCAGUUACUGCAGAGACUAACAAAGCUUCAGGCUCUCCCAGGGACCACCCUUGAACUCUGCCUCAGUUCCCUCCUGCUAUAAGGGCAUGGAGUCAGUGGCUGCGUUACUGUCCUUCCACAACUGACACAUAUCCUCUGAUUAAAACACAAUCACGAAGUAGCUUACAGAAUGUAGCCCCAGUGGAAUCACGAAUGGAAGCAUCAGUCUUGAUUAAUGUUGCCUGUGCUACAGGGAGCUGAAGCCACAUGCAGCCUUUCAAUCUAUCAUCCCCACUAAUAAACUGCAAAUCCAGGAAAAGACCUUGGUUUUAAUAAAUUUCACCCAGCAGAAUGUUUCCUGAUUUCUUUGUUAACCUGUUAUUGUUCAGUGUCCUCUUUACCUUUCAUUCAUUUCUCCGUUAAGUUAAUUUCCUAAUCUUUGGUUAAUUCAUCACACCCAUUGAAUCGUUGCACACACUUUGCACAUACACUCCUCGAACUGUGCUUCAUGAGUUAGUCAGUGUUAGUUAGUCAGACACUCACAGUCAGUGAAAUGUCUUUUAAUAUUAGCCAAUAGUUGUAAACAAUUCCAUCUUCUCAGCUACUGAUGCUGUUCUUUUCAAAUUCAACCCUUAAAAACCCUUGGCUUUACCAUCCUUGAAAAUGACUGUUCCGUCUCCACCAUCUCAAUCCUUCCCCAAGGCCAUAUUGAUACCUCUCACGUUUCGGGCUUAACUUUGCCAGAAUUCCAUCGCUGAAUCCAUCCCAUCAAGUUUCUAUCCCAGCCUUUAGGAUGGCCUUUAUCAGAAUUUAGGGGAAGCCACAGCCAAGUGGUAUUAUCAUUAAAUGAUUAAUCGAGAGACCCAGUUUCAAAUCCUACCACAGCAGAUGGUGGCAUUUGAAUUCAGUAAAAUAUCUGAAAUUAAAAGUCGAAUGAAGAUCAUGAAACCAUUAUUGAUUGUCAGGAAAAACUCAUCUGGUUCACUCAUGUCCUUUCGGGAAGGAAAUGGUCAUCUUUACCUGGUCUGGCCUACAUGUAACUCCAGACCCACAGCAAUGCAGUUGACUCCGAACUGCCUUCUGGGCAAUUAGGGGUGGGCAGUGAAUGCUGGCCGGCGUGGGGAUGCUCAUAUCUACCCCAGGUCCGUUCUUAUCGAUAUAAUCAGAGCUGGAGCCUGCAACUGUCUCCCUGCUGCUGCAUCAUUCUCUCUGCUGUUCCCCGCAAAAUCUCUCCUUGAUCCCUCCUAUUUCACAUCUACACACUGAGUCUCAGCA